AUGGCCAGUCCGGACCGCCAAGAUCGAUUGGGUCAGGCGGUCGCGUUGGAGAAGAAGGCACGCGAGCUGGAAGGACAGGGCCAGCUGCAGGAUGCCCUUCGCGAGUACCAGAAUUGCUUGCAGAUUUAUCAGUUUGUAUGGAAGUGGGAGCAAAAUGCCCGGGUCAAGGACAUGCUGCGAGAAAGGCUGGAAGACCUGAUCAGCAGGGCCGAGUCGCUCAAAUCACGAGCUGCAAACGGCACCCAGGCCCCAACGUCUCCUGGAGGCUAUGGCGGAGGUGGUGCCGCGACGCAAGCACCUCCUGCUACAGGAACCGCUGAAGACGCGGAAGACAAGGAAAAAGAGAAACUCAAGAAAGGGCUGGAAGGGGCCAUCAUGACCAGCAAGCCUAACAUCAGGUGGGAUGACGUCGCUGGCUUGGAGGCAGCCAAGGGCGCCCUCCAGGAGACCGUGAUUUUACCCACUAGGUUUCCGCAGCUCUUUACUGGCAAAAGAGUUCCGUGGCACGGCAUCCUUCUCUAUGGACCUCCUGGAACGGGGAAGUCUUUUCUGGCAAAGGCCUGUGCCACGGAGGCAGAUGCCACCUUCUUUAGCAUUUCAUCUUCUGAUUUAGUUUCCAAAUGGAUGGGUGAGAGCGAGAAGCUCGUCCGAAGUCUGUUUGAAAUGGCCCGGGAGAGCAAGCCGGCCAUUAUAUUUGUGGAUGAGGUGGACUCGUUGUGUGGCGCUCGUGGUGAAUCUGGAGAGUCGGAUGCGGCCCGACGCAUCAAGACUGAGUUCCUGGCACAGAUGGAUGGGGUUGGAAAGGACAGCUCGCAAAUUCUGGUCCUUGGAGCAACGAACACUCCAUGGGACCUGGACACUGCAAUCCGCCGUCGCUUUGAAAAGCGGGUAUACAUUCCACUGCCAGACAUGGAGGCGCGGGUGCGGCUGCUGACACUCCAUUUGGGCGACACGCCACACAGCUGCACCCCCGAGGCUAUCAGAGGAAUCGCUGCGCAGACUGAGGGUUACAGCGGCGCCGACAUCUCCAUCCUGACAAGGGAUGCCCUGUUCGAGCCGGUCCGGAAAUGCCAGCGUGCCAGAGCCUUCAAGCGUGUUGAGAAGACAGGCCCUGAAGGCAAACGAAGUUUCUGGACACCCUGCAGUCCUGGAGAACCUGGGGCCGUGCCUAUGACCCUCAUGGAGGUUCCAGCUGCCGAGCUGCUGUCGCCCGACGUCGAGGCAUCCGAUUUUGAGGCCGCGCCUUUGGAGGUUUGUAUUGUUUUCUGCAUGGGGGUACUAGGUGACGUUUCCUGGCAUAGCGCAUGA